AUGGUAUUUACACAUAAAAAUAAAAAUAAGAGGCCGAAGUUUUUGUUUAGCCUGCAAAUUAAUGAAUUAGUUAAUAUUCCACAGUCAUCUGGUAACUGUUAUGUUAAAUGGAAUUUUCGUAAGGGUACUGGUACCACAAAGGUUUCGGCACCUGCCACUGCUUCUUCCUCUUCUUCUUCUUCCUCAAUAAGACAAUCUAGAGGGGAUACUAAGUCACAGGCUACCACACAGGGCAAAGGUAUUACACCCCAUGUGCAGGUAAAACAUCAUAGAGCACAAUGGAACUAUUCGAUACGAAAUCCUAUUGAAAUCAAACUUCUUGUGGAUAAAAACGGAAAUGUUAUGCCUAAAAUAUUGUUGCUUGAUGUGUUUUUUGAGUUCAUAGAAGAUACUGGUGUAAAUAGUAGUACUUCAAGUAGUAAGAGUCUUUUGAGAAGUUCAUCACUCAAGAGCCCCAGAACAAGUAUUGAUUUGAUUAGACAUAAGAAGGAGACACAAACAAUAUCAGAUACGAAUAUCAAGUCGACGGGACGUAAUUCGUAUUCUCAAAGGGUCUCCAGUAAGCUCCUAUUGGGUUCAGUAAGUAUCAAUGUUGCUGAGUACAUAAGAGAAGAUGAAUCUCCAGUUUCUAAUAGAUUUCUACUACGAAAUUCCAAAGUGAAUUCCAUUAUAAACCUCACAAUGCAGUUGAAUUUGAUAAGAGGUUCAUAUGAAGAUUUCAAUAUUCCUAAAGUCAUCACCUCGGGUCAAUUAUCAGGUGCUUUCCAUGGGGGAAUAGGGAACAUAUUUGAGAAUGCUUCCUUCGAUGGAAGUUCAGAAGUCUCCCACGCAAAUAAUACGCCUGGUAGUUCUGUUAAAACGCCCCGAACUGGUGCUACUAAUGGGGUCUCUACAAUCUCCAAUACAAUGAGUCCCUUAAUAGAUAGUCUAUAUGAAAAAACAUUUGAGUUAUCUUGGGACCCAAGGCCUGGUGAAUUUUCACCCAAAGAAUGUGUAGAAGAUAUUUUAAGAGGAGGCAACGGUUGGGCUAAAAAUGAAAAUGGUAUUAAUUUGAUUGAUCUACAGGCAUUAAGAUUGAGUGAACUAGAAUCAGAUUACUACACAAAGGACGUCAGCAAAACCAAAACUGACGCAGAUAACAACUGGCGACGGAUGAAUAGGAAAGAGUAUUUAGAGAAGACACAUCAAAAUUGGAGUCAUUUAUCGGCGUCACAGAGAGAGAAGCGUAGAAAUGAGGCAAAUAUGAGCAGUGCGGAUGAGUUUGAGAAUACAGUUUCCAGAGACAUUAAAAGUUGGUCGGUUGCAGAAGGGAUUUUUUAA